AUGUCUGCCCGCAGCAGACUAAUGGAUGUAAGCAUCUUCACCGAGGAACAAUUGAGCGUCAAGGACGCUAUAGAGAAGAUAUGUGCGAACUUUCCCAAUAAGUAUUGGCAAGAACAUGAUCAGACGGAGAGGUAUCCAAAGGAACUGCAUGCUACCCUUGCUCGAGACGGCUGGCUUGGCAUUGCACUUCCUGCAGAGCUGGGUGGUGCCGGUUUAGGGAUAUCCGAGGCUACCAUGAUGUUGCAAACGGUCUCUCAGUCAGGUGCUGGCAUGGCAGGUGCCCAGUCAAUACAUGCUAACGUCUAUGCCACGCAGCCUUUGGCAAAAUUUGGUACGCGUGGACAACUGGAGAACAUAAUUCCAAAGAUCAUUAGUGGAGAGUCACGUGCCUGCUUUGCGGUGACGGAACCAGGUUCGGGCUUGGAGACCUUGAAGCUGCGAACCAAAGCCAUCAGGCGUGGUGAAAAGUAUCAUAUAUCUGGGCAAAAGAUCUGGAUUACGUCUGCCCAAGUUGCUCGCAAGAUGAUUCUCUUGGCCCGCACAACACCGCUUGAGGACGUCAAAAAGCCUAGCGAAGGGCUUUCCAUGUUCUGCAUUGAUUUCGAUAAAUCUCAACCUGGUCUGGAAUUGAAGAGAAUCAAGAAGAUGGGCGGUCGAGCCGUCGACGCCAACGAAGUGUUUUUCGAUGAUUAUGAGGUACCGGCCGAUACGUUGAUUGGGAACGAAGGUCAAGGUUUCAAAAUCAUUCUGCAUGGUAUGAACGCCGAACGCUGUCUGCUGGCUGGUGAGGCACUUGGACUCGGUUAUGCUGCAUUGGAGAAAGCCGCCAAGUACGCAAAGGAUCGAGUAGUCUUUGGUCGACCUAUUGGACAAAAUCAAGCAAUAGCACACCCAUUGUCUGAUGCGUACAUGCAUCUCGAGGCUGCUAAGCUGUCAACCUAUCACGGUGCAAGGUUAUAUGAUGCCAGUAGCCAGGACGCCAGUAUCAGUCAGCAGACAGUCGGAGUGGCCUGCAACAGCGCCAAAUAUCUUGCCGCUGAAGCUGCCUACGCGGCUUGCGAGCGUGCGGUGAUGAGUCACGGUGGCAUGGGCUACGCUGCUGAAUAUGAUGUAGAAAGAUACUUGAGGGAAUGCUUUGUCCCACGUAUUGCGCCCAUCAGUCGGGAAAUGAUUCUCAACUUUAUCAGUGAAAAGGUGUUACAGCUGCCACGGAGCUACUGA